AUGGACACCAUAAUCAGUCAUCUCCUGGUGCUGGGAACGCCUCGCAACAUGAGGACCAUUAUUUUAGUGUCAUUCGUGGCUGCGUUGAGCGUGGCAGCUGCUGCUCCUGACGGUUGCUGUGGUGGAAGCCAUGGAGGCGGAGGCCACGGAGGUGGAGGAUAUGGAAGAGGAGGUGGAGGAGGCGGUGGCCAUGGAGGCGGAGGAGGCGGCGGAGGCAGAGUGGUGAAAGCAGAGCUUGUUGGAGUUGGCACUCUACCUAGCACCGGAGGAGGAGGAGGUGGAGGAUCAGGAGGUUAUGGCUCCAGCGGAGGUGGCUCUCGAGGCGGCCACGGCAGAUCCAGCGGUGCCAGCAUUGUCCGAGCUGAGCUGGUCGGAGUUGGCACUCUUCCCAGCACUGGCGGAGGAGGAGGCGGAGGCUCAGGAGGCUAUGGUUCCAACGGAGGUGGAUCUCGAGGCGGCCACGGCAGAUCCAGCGGUGCCAGCAUUGUCCGAGCUGAGCUGGUCGGAGUUGGCACUCUUCCCAGCACUGGCGGAGGAGGAGGCGGAGGCUCAGGAGGCUAUGGUUCCAGCGGAGGUGGCUCCCGAGGCGGCCAUGGCAGAUCCAGCGGUGCCAGCAUUGUCCGGGCACAGCUGGUUGGUGUUGGCAGCCUACCCUCAGGCGGGGGCAGCGGGCACGGUUCCAAUGCUAUUUCCACCGGUGGGGGAUAUGGCGGAGAUAAUGGCUGGUAAAUCGUUCUUUCAUUAGAGAACAACAACGUAUUUUUUUAUCGUGUGCGAAUAAACAAGUAAAUGACC